AAGGCCCAAAAAUUCCUCUUUUUUGGCAGUGGCCUGUUUUAUUAGGUCUGUCUAUCAUUAUUUUCUCAUCUUUUCCAAGUUUGCAGAUACUGCUCGCUACAAACAACACUGCAGGAACCUUAGCCUUUGAUUUGCACAAGCUGAGGUUCCUUAAAUAGAGACAUAGUAGGCAUACCUUUAUUAUUUCUGACCAUGUUCUUAUCGGUGUCAUAUUAAAUUUGGGCGGGCGGCUAAUGCGAAACUGGUUUGUCCCUUUUCAGGAGUUUUGUUAUCCUACAUGUGAUGUUAAAACUCGCAUAAGAAGUAGUAGUAGAUCUGUGGAAAAGGUUUCAUAAACCUCAAGAGUAGAAAGGCUACAAUACACUCAACUAAGAAAAUAUCAGAAAAUCAGUUUUGGAAGAGAAAAUGUCAGCCAGAUGAACUUGAGAUUAACCUUGAUGGGUGUGAGGUAGGGUGAGGAAAGAAUGAAAGGAGAAGGUUUGGACUGGAUGUUAACCCGGCGAAUACAUUCUCCUCAAAACACAGUGGAGACGAGUGAUGGCAUGGGUAGGCAUAGCUUCUCAAUUCACUAAGGUAGUAGUGAUCAUUGAUAAUGCAACAGAAACAGCUGGAUUAAUCGUGAAGUGUAUGGUUUUUGCUCAUAUUCAGCUAAAUGCAGCUGUUGAUUGGAAGCUGCUACACAGCACAGAUGUUGAGGGAGCCAAAGCAUGUUGCACAAGGCCCAGGUGAUUCUGAAUAAAGUGUAAAGAAAUGGGAUAUUCAGUAGUGGCCGUGUAAAUCUUCUAAUCUCACCCUGAUUGAGCAUCAAGUUUUGAAGGCGAAAGGCAGAAAGACUCAAGAGCAAACCAUAAUUGAUGGCAGCUGCAGUGAAGCAUUUGCUUUACUGCAUUUGGUUAAAUCCAUGGAUUUCAGACUGUCAUUGUUUUGGCAAAGGUUUCUCAACAAAGUACUACAACUGAACAUUAUACUCUAUAAUUAUUCCUCUAUUUGUCCAAUUACACUUGGGUAGAUAAAGAUGGCUCAUAUAUUUUUUGCGUUCAGCCCUCUGGAUUACAGAUGAGCCUGGGCUUCACCUGAUUCUUGAUUGUUUAACUUCAAAUCUACUGAGGUGGAAGCAAAAGGCAAAAAUAUAAACGUUGUGUUCAAUUCAAUUUUAUUUAUAUAGCGCCAAAUCGCAACAACAGUCGCAUCAAGGCGCUUUAUAUUGUAAUCUAUUAUUGUUAUUGUAAUUGUUUGGUAAUUUACUAAUUUGAUGGGUUAUAGGAGUCAAAUAAACCCACAAUAUUUUAAUAAUAGUUUGAUGACAACACAAAUAUUUCCUGUAACAGAUGGUCUCAUUUUACUCAAGUACAGUUUUAAGAUACUUUCAAGUAUUUCCAUCGAAUUCCACUUUAUUCUUCUGCUCUGUCCAAUAGUUUCCUUGAUUCCUUACUAGACUAACCAUUAAUGCAACAUCGAAACAGUUUAUAGAUUAUAGACACAGCAUUACACAAGAGUCCACACCUGUAACCACACCUGUACCUGCUGUAACUAUAUUAAGUAACACGCGUGUGUCAUAUGCAGUCAUGUGCAUCAUACCCACUAUUUGACCAAUUUCGCGGUGCCUUUCCACGUUUUAUCUGUUUUUAUCAUCUCAAAACACUUUACAAAAACUCUGUUGGUUAACGUGGCUGCGAUGAGUUUAACUUUCACCACUUUAAUGCGGUUUGACCGGUCUCGUGGACUUUUUUACGGCGCUGUUGUCGGUGUGUAUGGAUGGCAAACGUAGGGCGGUGGCCGGUGAAUGAAUGAUCAAAGCGUUUUUAAAGGUUUGGUGGGCGGUGCGCGGUCUGUAUUUACACUGGGACCGCUCCGCCCUGCGAACGCCAGAUAGAAAACUGUCUGUGGGCCGGAGCAGAGGGAUGAAACAAGUGGAAGGAGAUGUAGCCGACAGGCACACAUUAAUUACUCUAACGCACGCACUACACCUCGUCAGCUCCACUCCUUUCUCGGUACGCUGUAGCAUCCUCCUCUUUGCAUAAUAACACACGGCAAGCGAUCGUUUUUGCGGCGCUGCGUCGGAGCUUCAUGGCCGCAACACUCACGAUGAGCGGCGGCGUGCAGGAGGAUCCCUUCUACCCGCUGCAGAAGGCGACUCUGCCCGCUGGGUUCCCCUUGGAGGACUCGGCGUUGUUCGGCUUGGAUUGCAAGAUCACCGAAGCAGACAAGGCUGGACAAAAUGAUUACGCACAGGCAAAGUGUGAGAUGGACAGAUAUCUCUCCCCUCAGCCUCUUCCACUUCCAAACCCUGCAGACAACCAGCAGAAGUCACUCAGAGACAGCUCGUCAGCAGUGGAUCAGUUCUUCACUGACGCUGGGGCUCCCUAUACCCUCAACAUGAAUCUUUAUCUCCCUGAUGUCGGCUACCUGAGGAUGGGCUUGUGCCAGCAGGUGCGGUCCCCUCAACACCAGAACCACCCGAGUCUCACUCACAUUAAAACAGAAUCUCCCUCCUCGUGUUUUUCCUCUAACCUGCAGCCCCACUGCCCCGGCACUACGCCCACAAGUAGCUGCAGCACAUCCGGCCACGGCCCUGGCAGUAUGGCCAUGGAAAACUCCGCCACAAACAUGACAUUAACUGGGUUACCAGAAUUCACCAGUGUUUUCAAUCAGCUGGGAGGCAGCCGCGGUGGUGAUUCACUGCCAGAAGUGUAUGUCAAACAGGAAAUGUCACCACAGUUUGAGCAGCACGCUCUCCACCACCACCAUGACAACAGCGGCUCGCUGUUUCAGCUCCUAAACUCUGGCUUGGAUCAUCGCCAUAGCAAUGGCAUGGAGGCUCAGCAUCAUCAUCACCAUCAGCAGCAGCAGCAGCAACCGAUCCAACACACUACCACGAUGCACACACCUUUUCAUGAUUUGCCAGUAGCUACUUCUGCUUCUCAACAAGAGCAAACUGUCAAGCCUGCCUACCGCUGUCUAGGUGGUGGGGUAUACACACAUCCUCAUUCUCAGGCACAUCCCCAAUUCCUCCAGCAGCAGGUGCCCUACCUGCCACCCUCUCCGCCAAACUCAGAGCCCGGCAGCCCUGACAGGCAGAAGGAGCUGCUCCACAACAUGUCACCACCUCCGUCGUAUGCUGCCACCAUUGCCUCCAAGCUUGCAGGUAGCACACCCGGACUUGGACCUGGCCCGGGACCAGGUGGCUUAGCUCUGCCCCACCCUACAGGCCCCACACCAGUCCCAGGCCCAGCCACAGUCCUUCCUCAAGCCCACACGACAACAUCAACCCCAAAUCCAGCACAGAACGCAGUGGCUGUCCGCUACAACCGAAGGAACAACCCCGACUUAGAGAAGCGACGGAUCCACCACUGUGAUUACCCAGGCUGCAAGAAGGUCUACACCAAGUCGUCCCAUUUGAAAGCACACCUCAGGACUCACACUGGCGAGAAGCCGUACAGGUGUACGUGGGACAGCUGCGACUGGCGUUUUGCUCGUUCGGAUGAGCUGACGCGUCACUACAGGAAACACACGGGCGCCAAACCCUUCCAGUGUGGCGUCUGCUCACGCUCCUUCUCCCGAUCGGAUCACCUUGCCCUGCACAUGAAGAGACACCAGAACUAGCAACGUUUUGCACACAUGCUCAAACAUACAAGCACUAUCUUGACAAAACAUAAAGCAUUCACUCCGUGUCCCGCAGCUACACGAGCUGCCUGAUGCAGAGUGACUUUCAGUGACAUCACAGCUCUUCCUGGUGCUGCUGUCGUGGGCUAAAACACUUCGAUAGCCUAACAAACAUGUUGCUCUUAACGCCAAGUGGAACAAUUUGGAGGUUUUAAAGUAGGAAGAUGGUGGCCAGAUGAUCUUCUGGUCCCUUAACCACCAGAUACACAUAUUAUAGAUGUGUUUGGGCAAAUGAAAAGAUGCGAUGGGGUGUGACUGGAAUGAAUUAAAACAGCAUCUUUUUUGUCUUUAUUGUAACAUAGAACUGGCUUAAUUUUCUUUUAUAAAAGAGAAGCUUUUGUUUGCAAAACUAGUCAAGCCAAAUCUUUGUUUACUCAUUGAUUUGUUAGUUUCUCUCUAGAACUGGAAUGUCCAGGUUUUUAUUCUUUACCAAAUCCUUAGAUUUGCACUAGAAUUGGUAAUCUAAGCCUCAGCCUUUUUGGCCCAAGUAUCUCAUUCACCACUGGAACGAUCAUUAUCACUACUGGACUACAUCUCUGUGUGCACCACACAAAUCAUUGCUGUUCAGAUAUUAAAAAUUGAAGGCAUUUGUACUCUGGAGAGAGGGAAGAGAGAGCAGGGAAAAAGUGAGAGUGUGGGGGUGGAGAUGGAGAUGGAGAGAAAGACCGAGAGGGAGAAAUUUUUGAUUUUAGAGAGAGGAGAUUGGAAGACGAUUGAGAAACAGAGGGAGGUGGAUGGAUGCUAAAGAGCAGCAAUUAGAUGAUGAAUUAUUCAGGUCGUCUUUUGAUGGAUUUCCAUCCAGAGAAAUGUAAGCAGAACCCAUAGACGUGUUCUAGGACUCAUUCAGUUAAUACAGAAUCGACAGUAUUUGAUGCACAAACUUGAAUGUGCACUGAAGUGUCUUCAAAAUGCAGCAUGCUAUUAGUGUAGAUCAGUCUCACCCAGCGUUUUACUUCUGUUAAUUGUUUUAACCAAAGCAUCAUGUUCAACACAUCGCCAACACCUUAUUAAGUGCCUCUUUCUCUCAUUUAUGUGUUUUUGUUCUCUAGUAGCAGAGCUGUGAUGAGUGUAGUCAAUCGUUUUAAAAACAUGGUGCUUUUUAAGAAAAGAAAAACUAAAUCUGUUAAAUCUCUAGGUUUAGCUUUGAAAAGGUAAAUCUCUUGAAUUAUAAGGUAGCCACCCUUGUGGUAAUGUAACAGCACAGCUCUGGCCACUUCGCGGACAUCCUGGGAUGCUCUGGCUCUACGGAGCUAUCUUGGCUCUAACUACUCCUGGACACGUUUUGUUAAAGGACGGGUUCACUUUGUUUUUUUGUUUUUUAAAAUUUAUUAUUAACUUGUUGAAACUUUGGUUCAGCUUCUAAAGUUGAAGA